AUGACUUCAUUUUCCCCGUCCGGACAGCUUGAAAAACAGAAGCUCAAAUCAGCUUUAGAUGAAAAUUGUGUUUUACCCACUGAAGUUCAGAAGGAGGCUUUAGAAUUACAGAAACUGUUGGAGUUUGAUGAUGAGGGUGGAGAAGGUGUUAGUUCUCAUAUGGAUGAUGAGUACAAAUGGGCAGGAGUGGAAGACCCCAAAGUUAUGGUCACAACAUCCAGAGACCCCAGCUCUAGACUCAAGAUGUUUGCCAAAGAAAUGAAGCUGAUGUUUCCAGGGGCCCAGCAUAUGAAUAGAGGAAACCAUGGAGUUAAAACAUUGUUACAUGUUGUUCAGAGUGUCUCCAACAUCCUAAAGUAUUUGUUUCCUGUACUCAAAGAGGAUAGUAGACGUGUUAUUACAUUCACAAAUACAGAUGAUUUCAUCUCUUUCCAGUGA